CUCGCGAAGGCUCCUUAUGUUUCCUGGCACUGGAUGACCUUUCAGGUCUUGUGCGCCAGGCUGAGUUGAGGGGAAGGGCGUGGAGGUCUCUGGCCUGACACUAUGGGGGAAGGAAGAGACGACAACUUCGACGGUGUGAGCACCGACCGCCUUAAACUGGAGUUGCUGGAAGAAAUCCACAAGAAGGAUAUAGUGCAACUCUCAAUGCUUGAAAUAAAACACAAGAUAGCAGAACUGGAAGCCAACCUCAAUGCUAAUAAUGCAGGCAGUGAGUGGAAAGCCCGAUAUGAAACACAACUUGAACUGAAUGAUCAACUAGAAAAGCAAAUUGUUUCUCUUGAAGAGAAAAUGGAAAAAAUUCGUGGUAAUCCUUCAGAUAGACUAUCUUCCAUUCGUGUCUAUGAACGAAUGCCAGUGGAAUCCUUAACUGCAUUACUUAAACAACUAGAACGAGAAAAAAGGAGUCUUGAAAAUCAAGUGAGAGACUAUGCACUUAGACUGGAACAAGAAUCAAAGGCUUACCAUAAGACCAACAACGAACGCCGUACAUACCUAGCUGAAAUGUCUCAAGUCUCUGGAUCAUAUCAAGUAUCUAAAAAGCAACAAAUGGAUCAACUACCCAAAAUGAAAGAGAAUCUAAUGAAAAUGGGAAGAUAUAAUCCAGUUAAUCAGAAGACGGUGAAUGCCAAGCGAGUACCAGUGAAAAAGAUGACAAGAUCAAACCAUCUUCCAAAACUCAAUCCAUGAUUCAAGAACUGAAUGGAUUUCUAUUUUUUCCUUUUUUUUUUCCUCAUCUGUAAUAACCAGCUUGUUGAAAUUAAUGUUCAACACAUUUUUCAGGGGGAUGGAAAAGAUAAGAAAGCUG